CAACGACACGCCAACCUACGCGCAAAUUAUUUAAUUUUUUUAUUUUUUUUUCCACCCGCACGCGACCACGAAUCGCUCAUGGCGCCGCCGUCACGCGCCCGACCGCUCGGGAAGUCGUCCUUCUCUCCUGCCUUCUCGCGACUCAAGACAUCCGCAUACGUCGACGUCAUCCGCCCCAACGCCUCGGUCUCCGCGGCGCAUUACAUUCGCACACUGAGCUGGAAUGCUUCAGGCACCUUCAUAGCGACUGGCGCUGCAGACCGAACACUACGGAUAUGGAACCCCGAGAAGACGAACGUCAAGAACUCGACAGAGCUGCGCACGCCAGGCGUACCAGCUUCCACACAGCUCGAACGCGUAGCCUUCCACCCAAUCAACGAGAACGAACUUGCGAGCUGCAGCACAGACGGCAUGGUCAGAUUCUGGGACAUCCGGUCAAAAGCCAGCGUGGGUGAAGUAAGAGUUGGCGAACAGCCGUUCACAUUGGCAUGGAUGCCAGACGGCAACGAGAUCGUCGCAGGGCGGAAGGACAAUGUUCUCGUCUCCGUAGACCGUGCGGCUCUGCGCAUACUCUCCGAGCACCGCCAACCCGUCCAAACAAACCAAUGCGUCUUUGACUGGUCCGGCGCACACCUCUACCUCACCUCCGGUGAUGGCAGCAUAAAAGUCGUUGGCUACCCCUCCUUCACGCCCGCCCUGACCCUCAACGCACACACUUCCUCCUGCUACGCCAUCAGCAUGUCGCCAUCAGGCGAAUACCUGGCCGCGGGCGGCGGCGACGCUCUCGUCUCGCUAUGGGAUACACAAGAGUGGAUCUGCGUACGGACAUUCGAUCUCACAAAGGAGCCGGUCAAGAGCGUGGAUUUCAGCUUUGACGGGAGCUACAUCACCGCAGGCAGUGAUGACAAAGACGAGAAGAAGGUCAAAAUUGCGCACGUGGAGACGGGCGAGGUGGUGCACGAGAUCAGUGUACAGAAGGCGAGUAGUGUGGUUAGCUGGCAUCCGUGUCGGUAUGUGCUGGCGUACUCGGCGGAGGAGCAGGGCUUGAGGAUCGUGGGGAACGCGCAGAAGCCAUUGCCGAGUGCACGGAGGAAGGCGCUGUACAGGCUUCGUUGUCGAAGCCAAGCCAAGCACUAUUACACAAUGGACGUUCUAUCGCAAAUCAACCCUACCUCUCUCUUCUCGGCCAAGGGCCUGGUCGUGGUCAUUACCGGCGGCGGAUCGGGCAUCGGCCUCGCCAUCGCUGCAGCACUGCACCAAAACGGUGCCUCCAAGAUCUACAUCAUCGGCCGCCGCAAGAAUGUCCUCGACGAUGCAAUUGCCAAACUCGAGUCCUCGCCCUCAGCGCCGAAAUCCUCCUCUGUCCUCUCCGCCAUCUCCGCAGACGUGACAGACCUCGAGUCGAUCAAGCAAGCUGUCGCACAAAUCGAGAAGGAAGUAGGCUACGUGGACGUCCUGAUCAACAACGCGGGCGUUCUAGGCCCGAAAUCAGGGCAGCCCAUUCACGAUGCUAAAUCCAUCGAGGCCGUCCGCGACGCCAUGAUUCUGGGCAUGGACGGCAACGAGUGGAGCCAGGCCUUCGAGAUCAACACAAAAGCUGUCGUCGGCGUGUCUGCCCUCUUCCUCCCGCUGCUCGAGGCCGCGAACACGCGUCGUGGCUGGGCGCCUGGCCGCGUCCAGGGCACAGGUAACGCGAGACAGCGCGAUACAUCCAAGCUGAAGGAGAUAGGCGUAGAUGAGGACGAUGACCGCAUGGCGCAUAUCAUCACCGUCGCUUCUGUGGCAUCGUACAUGCGCUGGAUUAGUGCGGGCCUGGCUUACAAUGCAACGAAAGCCGCGACUGCACACAUCAGCAAGAUCAUGGCGACGUUCCUGGCUGAGUGGGGGGUCAGGAGUAACACUGUCUGCCCGGGACCGUAUCCGAGUGAGAUGACGAGCUCGAAUCCGGUUGUGUAUGGGACGAAUCAGAUUCCGCAGGGGAGAGCGGGGAGUGUGAAUGAUAUGGCCGGGUUGGUGCUGUUUAUGGUUGGCAAAGCUGGAGCGUAUAUGAAUGGUGUAAGCCAGAUUACGGAUGGCGGGAGGAUUGCUGUGUUCCCUUCAACUUACUAG